AUGCGUUCGUGUAAGAUACGAGAGUUCGCGAAUUUAAUAGGUACAUUAGUGGCGGCUUGCCCCGAUGUAAACUAUGGCUGGGUCUAUCUGAAGACUUUAGAGAGGGAGAAGAUAUUAGCUCUGAUUUAUAACCAAAACGAUUACGAUCAAAAGAUGGAAAUAUCAGAGCAAGUACGGACCGAUUUAAACUGGUGGAAGAGGAACAUUCAGCAAUCCGUUAGUAACAUUAGAAGUCCAAAUUUUGACUGGACUAUAUACACGGACGCUUCGAUGACUGGUUGGGGGGCUGUUCUUGGUAGUAAAAAAAUUCACGGCUUUUGGAAUAAAACAGAAAGAGAACAGCAUAUAAAUUUUCUAGAAUUAAAAGCAAUCCAACUGGCUUUGAAAAAUUUUGAAAUAGAGCUAGAAAAUUCUAAUGUUCUUCUAAAGGUGGAUAACACGACCGCCAUCUCAUACAUCAAUAAGAUGGGAGGAGUAAAAUAUCAAAAAUUUAAUCACUUAGCAAAAGAAAUUUGGAAAUGGGACGAAACUAGAGAUAUUUGGUUGUUUGCAGUACAUAUUCCAUCAGAAAAGAAUGUGAUAGCAGAUAGGCUUUCAAGAAUAAAAAAUAUAGACACAAAAUGGGAGAUCGCGGAAUUUGCAUUUGAAAAAAUAGUUAAUGUUCUCGGAUAUCCGGAUAUAGAUUUGUUCGCGUCAGAAAGAAAUAAAAAAUGUACUCGAUAUUGUACUUGGGAAAACAAUCCAAAUGCAUGGGUGAUUGAUUCGUUUACCAUAUCAUGGAAAAAGUGGUUUUUCUAUGCUUUUCCACCAUUUUCUAUGAUUUUGAGAACAUUGAAUAAAAUAAUUCAAGACAAAGCAAUGGGUAUCAUGGUGGUCCCGGAAUGGAAGAGUCAACCGUGGUAUCCAAUGUUUAAAAGCAUGUUAAUCGGAAAACCUCUCAGGUUUGAGCCGUCUCAAAAUCUACUUCUAUCUCCUUACAGGUCGAGGCGACAUCCGAUGGCUCAGAAAAUUACACUUCUGGCAGGGAUUGUGUCAGGAGAUCGUAUUUAA